AGAAGAGGAAGAGGAGAAUUUCCAGGACGGCGUGGGUUUUCCGAGUGGGCGGAGCCUCGCUCUGCAGGAAGUACACGAACUUUCUGUUCUGUCGCUCAAAAGCGGCUGAGCUGCUCGGUUCGGCUCCGUCCUUCUGCCCGUCAUGGCCGUGCUGGUGGAUCUGCGUCUCGGCUGCAGCCCUGAGCGCACCUGCGCAGACCUGCUGGAGGACGCAGACCUGCAGGUCUUCCUGCUGUGCGGGGACCGUGUCCGGGACCAGCCCCACACCUGGCUGACCUCAGGUAGACACACGCACGUUCUGGACUGCAGCUCCACCUCCGAGAGUUUGUACCAGCUCAAGCAGACCGUGGACCGGCUGGACCUGAGCGUCAUCCGGGUCGUCACGAGUCCACGAGGUCGAGAAGAACUGAGUCACUACCAGAGGCUGCUGUUCACCAACGUUUACACUUUUGAUUACGCCGUGACACCUCAGGAAGGACUCGAGUGUCCGAGCGGCACAGGCUCCGCCCACACAGACUCACCUGGACAGAAGAUUGAAGCAGAAGUUUCAGCGUUUGUGCAGCAGCUGCCCGGACUGAAGGGGGAUGUCAGAGUGCUGAAGUCAACGCUGAUCCCAGACUGCUUUGGACACGGCUUCAGCACGCGUACAGGCGGUGUGUCUUACAUCCCGACCCUCUCCUCCAUGAAUCUGUUUUGCAGCAGCAGAAGGAGGGACCCUGUUGCCGUGGUGACAGAGAACAGACGCAGACUGGCUGUUCAUGCUGGUUUCCACCCUUUGCCUCUCCGCAUGGUGAAGGUCAAUCAUGCCAGUGAUGUCUGGGUUUUGGGAAAGGCUGAGCCGGAGAGCUACGAUGCUCUGGUGACCGAUCAAAGAGGGGUUGUGUUAGCAGCUCCAGGUGCUGACUGCAUGCCCAUCCUGUUCUCUGAUCCAGUCAAAAAGGUCAUCGGUGCUGCUCAUGCAGGUUGGAAAGGGACGCUGAUGGGGGUUGCCAUGGCAACGGUGAAUGCCAUGGUGACAGAGUUCGGCAGCAGAGUGAGCGAUAUCGUGGUGGCGGUGGGCCCGUCGGUGGGUGUCUGCUGCUUCACCUUGGACCGAGAGCAGGCGCUGGACUUCAGACACAUCCACACUGACUGUGUGCCCGACCCCGAGUCAGCCAAACCGCACGUGGACAUCCGGCUCGCCAACAGGGUUCUUCUCCAGAAAGGGGGGGUCCGUCCUGAGCGAAUCCAUGACAACUCUGUGACGGAUCGACCCAGUGUGACGCCCUGCACCUCGUGUCACCCUGAAUACUUCUUCUCUCAUGUUCGAGACGGUCUGAACUUUGGCACCCAGGUGGGCUUCUUGUGGAUCAAAGAGGCAGAAGAGCAGACCGGACCUCCUGAAGGCCCACGCGGAUCCACAUGAGGGUCACGAGGCAGAACAAAGUGGAUGGGUGUGAAGGUGCUGAUCACACCGGCCAGCUCAGAACAGCAGGAAUCACCCAGUAAACCUCAGAUGCUGAGGGAUCAGAGGCGGCUGCACUCACCUGCACAGCAUCUGUGAGAAGCUGCAAUCAUGUCGGGAAAUAAUGCAGCCUUUAAAUGAACUCUGGUUUAAGACAUGUUUGUUGGUCCUCUGUCAAAUAAACUCUGCAUUCCACA